AAAGAUCGGUCUCAGUCGCUGGCGGGAGCUUGAAAAUGUGAAAUCGCGUUUGGAAACACGGGAUUUCGGCUGGUGGAAUUGCUGCCAUACCAAGUGAAACUGGCAAAUAACAUCCGCCCUACCAUAUCUGUGAUUAUAUAGUACCCAUCUUACGAGCUUAUAAUUAGCAAAUUAAUUCAAAGCGAAUAUAGUGUUGAUAAUCCUGUAGAAAAAAAACUGCCCUACAUAUAGAACAAAAUCCGAGAUCGAAUCAGCUAAUCAGCCGGAUUAAGGUAACAUGAAAUCCACAAUUUCUUUGCUGCUGGUUGUCAUCUGCACCGUGGUCCUGGCCGCCCAACAGAGUCAAGCGAAAAAGGGUUGUCAGGCCUUUGGCCAUGUGUGCUACGGUGGACAUGGCAAGCGCUCUCUGAGCUCCGGAUCCGGAACGGGAGUGGGCGAGAGCGCCAGUAGCGGUCAGGAGCAGGACUAUUUGCGUCCAAAUGGUCUAAUGCCCAUGAUGGCACCAAAUGAACAGGCUCUGGCAGUACCACCCGAGGCCGAAUUUAAUGACUAUCCCGCCCGGCAGGUGCUCUACAAAAUUAUGAGAUCUUGGUUUAAUCGACCCCGCCGACCAUCACCCCGAUUGGGUGAACUGGACUACCCGCUGUCGAACUCCGGCGAAAUUAAUGCUUUAAACUAACUCCGGAACACCAUGCACUUCAUUAUCUUCAUAGAAACACACAGCAACAGAAAACACCUCAAAAUACCUUAAGAUCAAGAGCCACAAGAAAAACAACAGAAAUAUCUAGAAGGAUUACUAAAGAAUACUUACUUUCGCAACUUGUAUAAAAUGUUUCCCAAAUGUCUACACAUAAAACAACACAUUUUCCUAAAAAUAUAAAAAACAACUGAAAUUUUUAGGGGCUGGUAAUGAUUUCAGUGUCAAAAAAAUAUAUUAUAAUAAUAUUAUGGAAACAAUAAGCACACGAUGGAAAAUAAAUCGAAGAAAAUGGCAA